AUGUAUUACAAUAAAAUCCAAAUACAAACACGACUGUGGUCAAAGUCAAGUUAUAAAAAAGGCUUCUAUUUCCAAUUGUUGGACCCAGUGGGCUAAAUGCUAAAUGUGCUUUAAUAUGUGCUGAAAUCAGCUGUCACAAUGUUUACAUUGCUAUAAUAUGAUAAUUUGAGAUUGUCAACUGGCCUCAGAUCAGCUGAUCCAUCAUGUCUAAUGGAUUUGUGUUUUUAUUCAUUGCUAUGUUAACUGAUUUAGCAAACAAAAAGAUAUUUGGAGACAAUAAAUGUGGCCAGUGAGCUUUUAAGGUAAAUCUAGUUAUUCUGUUUGCUAUGGCUGCUAUGGCUGAAAUUCACAUCAAUUUGCAUAAUGGUUGACCUGUAAACUCUGACUGUACACAAGAAACUUAACACUUCAACAAGAAAUCCAAAGACGAAUAUUACAGUAUUCAAAGUGAAAAGUCAAUUUUCUUUUUGACUCUGACUAAAAUAAGUUUCCAGAUUUUAUUUUUGAAGUGCAAACUUCUUUGCAAUGGAAGAGCAAUGCCUGACCUACUACAAACAAGGAAAAAAGAAAAAAACAAAUUGGUUCUGUGGAUGUACUUCAUUGAGCAAGCUGUUUUGUUUGUACAGCCUGCUCUGUGCUUUAAGCCAAGCAUACAGAACAAGUGAUCACAGUCAAGGCCACAUCUCACUGAAAACCUUUGGACAGAACCACAAAGUUCACAAAUCUACAGAGUCAAAGACGCCUGUCAAUGGGCUGCAGUGCUGAGCUCUACAGGUCAUUUGUCCCCACAGCCAUCAGAAUAAAACUAGAACUGUGGGUAACUAAUGACCUGGCUGAUUGUUUUGUACUGUUUGUUGUUUAUUGCAAACAACUACAUGGUAUAAAUUGUGUCAGUUUGGAUUUUCAUUUGUAUGACAGGGAAGAUAUUAUUGACAGAAAAUGUGUUGUGCAUGCAAUAUAUUAACAUUUUGUAAUAAAGCAGCAAUUCACAUACCUAAUUAAAUGUAUAUUAGCCUCAGCAAAUUAUAGAUUAUUACUAGGAUAUAGGCAUAUUUUUAUUUGCAAAAAGAAAAAAAAGCUUACUUUUAUUGUAGGCUCACCCUUUUUGUUUUUACCACUGCUCAAACUUUUAUUUACAUGGCAAAAUAUAGCUGUUGAUUUAAAAUAUACUUCUUGCCUUCUCGUAAUUUAAUAUUCAUUAGCUUCUAUUAAUGGACAGUAAGAGCUCCGUCCUUGACACCAAGAUGAACGCAGCUGAUUUAUGAGCAACACUAGAGAUCGCCAGAGAGCCACGUUCCACGCGUGGCUCCGGGCGAACGUGAAUCGUGAGUAAAUGCUCCUUAUCGGCUGUGUGGGGCUAUUGGCUGAAAUGGCAUCAUGAUGAUAAUGAAAGCGCACCGGCUGCUUGCAACAAUGACUCCAAUGAAACCGCAAAACGGGCUCAGCACGUGAGCAACAGAAUAAAUCUAAAGCACUACUUGGGCAGGUUGUGCGUAAAAGGCAUCCUUUCACAAAUCCUCACACGAAUCGCCCAUCACUGACCCUGUUCCGAAGCCAUUGGCAGGACAAGAGGGGAAUGCAGCUCUGACAACAAGCAUUCGUGUCGUUCAGUUUUGAACUGUGCUUUUCACCCGCUAUUUCCAGUUGGGACUGUGACGAGGCUCAGAUUUUGCGCUUCCCUUUUGGUGCUUAAACGAGCAAAAAAUCAGCUCUAUAAAAAAAAUUAACUACACACACGAAAGCCUCGGUGUAUUUCGGUUUAAAUGUCAGGAUGGGCCCCUGAUUGAGGAGCUCCAAGUGAAGUCCGGUUGUGCCGUGAUGAAGACCUUUGAUGAAACGGCCAGCAUCUCCGAGGGCGUGCGGAUUCCUCGCCUCAUCUCCGAGUAGACGACCUCCUACUGACUUACUUCACGUCACCCCACCCGUCUGCCUGGCGUCUCCUCCUUUAAACCCUCUGCUCCGACUAGUCCUUUGAGCGAAUCCGGGCUCAGACGAUAAACAUACUCGGCGAGAAAGCGGACAGAGCCACAACACAGACUCUAAACCUCACCUAGACUACCUGCUCCAACUGGAGGGGAACAGAGAGGCGGUAGAGGAGGACGCACAGCGCACAAGUGCAGGCGCGUCCCUGUGUGCCAGCUGAACAACGCAUCAGGCGGGCAAAGAGAGCAGAGAUAAAUUGGAAUAAGAGUUCACGUCGACAACUCUAUUGGAGAAGCGUACAGCUUAGUUAGAAGACAGCCUAAAUGAGUACAUGGUAAGAAGAGUCAUGCAUCUCAACCAAGAAGACAGCAGCAAAGGCUCAGUGUCACUCAGUGUACUCCUGCUCUCUGUUGCAGUCGUAGUGUGUGCCGUUUGGCUCGUAGCUUUAUGUGGGAUCUGCACCUGGUGUCAACGUAAACUGGGGAAGAGAAAUAAACCGGGGAUGGAGGCUGCCAGCUCUCCAGAAUCUGUGAGAGGUCGAGGAGAAAAUAAAGCCAUCAACGAUCUAGACAGAGACUUUUGGAAUAACAAUGACAGCAGCAACGUGCAGCAGAGGUGGAGCUCCUACCCGCCCAAGGAGUUCCUCCUAAAUAUGUCUCCCUAUGCUCCCUACGGAGACCCUCGCCUCACUCCCAAUGGGGCUGUGGAUAAGGGUGGGCAGGGCGGAGCUGGACCCUCACCAGGGGCCAGUGACAGCGGGGGUGGCGCUUGCUCCAGUACAGGAGCUGUGCCAAGUCGCAGCGACAGCAUUCGGAGCAUGGUGACGGGGGGCAGCAAGGCCGGGCGCUGGCAGACCGUCCAGAGCCACAUGCAUACCGGAGCCCUGCGGUUUAGCAAUUUCGGGGAUGCUUCCCUCUCGUCUGCCUCCACUCUGGAGCACAUCCCCUCAUCGGCUGUCGCGCGUCCCCGGCCUCUUGUCCGCCAGCAGAGCCUCCAACAGCCCCUCACCCACCAGCCCCCUCCGGGUCCCAAUGACCCCCCGGUCACCUCACAGAGCCUGGGUCAGUUGCACACAGGCCCAGGCGGCGGGGGCCACCGUGGGGGCCCGCGGGGGGUCCGGGGGAGUCCGGCUGGAGCUUCCAGGUAUAGAGGGACAGGGGCUGGCCGAUCACGGUCAAAUCCAGGAAGCUGGGACCACAUGAUGGAGCAGAUUCGCCACAGAGGUCUGGACGUCAAGUCAUUCCUUGAGGGGAAGAUGGUUGUUCUGUCUCUAGCAAUCGGGCUGGCUGAACAGGAUGACUUUGCCAACCUCCCAGAUCUUCAGGAAGCUCCGGCAAGCAAAGAAAAUGAAACCACACCAGAUAAAAGAACUCCAGGAAACAAACCAGGCAGCAGUCCCAGAGGUCAGACCCCAGAUGAAACUGGACGUCGCCAGGGGCAGAACCACGAAGCCAACUCUACUGUCACAGACUUAGCCAACUCGGUCACCAGUGACGUGCUUAUGCUGUCACCAGGUUCUGAGGAGGAUGAACACGAGGGUCCAGUGUGUGAGAAACUGGGUCGCAUUCAGUUCAGUGUUGGAUAUAGCUUUCAGGACUCGACUCUCACUGUCAAAAUUCUCAAAGGCCAGGAUUUGCCUGCUAAGGAUUUUUCAGGCACAUCUGAUCCUUUUGUGAAAAUCUACCUACUCCCAGACAAGAAGCACAAAUUGGAGACUAAAGUGAAGAGGAAGAAUCUAAACCCUCACUGGAAUGAGACAUUUUUAUUUGAAGGCUUCCCCUAUGAAAAGGUGGUUCAGAGGACUCUCUACCUGCAGGUUCUUGACUACGACCGAUUCAGCAGGAACGACCCCAUCGGGGAGGUGUCCAUCCCCCUCAAUAAGCUGGACCUGGCCAACAUGCAGACUUUCUGGAAGGAGCUGAAACCGUGCAGCGAUGGCAGUGGAAGUCGAGGGGAUCUCCUUGUGUCCCUGUGCUAUAAUCCCACAGCCAACACCAUCACUGUGAGCAUCAUCAAAGCACGCAACCUCAAAGCCAUGGACAUUGGAGGCACUUCUGACCCAUAUGUAAAAGUGUGGUUGAUGCACAAAGACAAACGUGUGGAGAAGAAGAAGACGGUGGUAAUGAAACGCUGCCUGAACCCUGUUUUUAACGAGUCCUUUCCCUUUGACGUGCCGGCCCACGUGUUGAGGGAGACCACCAUAAUUAUCACCGUCAUGGACAAGGACAGACUCAGUCGCAAUGAUGUCAUUGGAAAGAUUUAUCUUUCAUGGAAGAGUGGCCCCGCAGAGGUAAAACACUGGAAAGACAUGAUAAGUCAUCCCCGUAACACCGUGGCCCAGUGGCACUCUCUCAAAGCCUGAGGGGCCCAGCAGCCAAAC